UCUUGUCAGUGAAAUGUCGGGUUAUCAUUCUUUGGACUUUUACAUAAUUUUCAAUUAAUCAUUGACAUUAUUAUUGUAUACUCAUUUUUUUUUUUUUUUUCAAAAAAAUUAUUUUUAAAUAAAUACCUAAGACUUUAAAUCAUUUAAAUACCAUGGGAAUCAUUAGAUUUGCUGUUAAAUCGAGUGUAGCUGGUGGACUAGUUUAUUGGACUGUCCAAGAAGGAUUAUGGGGAAGUUCAGAUGACAGCAUAAAUUUUUACAACAGAAUUUACUCGACGGUUGCACCUUAUGUCAAAAAUAAUAUACCCAAGGAAGUAGUCAACGAGCUUCCAGAGUUACCGAGUGUCAACGCCAUGGCAAAUUGUGCUGGAUGUAUGUGGAAUAAAGGCGUAAAAACAAGUAUAAGAUUUAUUGCUGACUUACCAGAUCAUAUAUCCAAUGGAAUCGAAUCAAUAAAAUCAAUGCCUGCAUUGCAAGCUCCAGUUGACAGUUCAAGUGACGAAAAAACAGCUGUUAAAAAGGAUAAAAAAUAAAUUAUAAAUAAAAAUACAUCCAUAGUAUUUAUAUGUAAAUAAAUAUGUAUUAAAUUACAGUUA